AUGCAGGAAAGAAGGUACCGUCGUUAUUAUGUCUUAUUGGUGGAAAAUUGUAUUCUUUGUUACGUGACUUUUCCUGAAAAGCCUGCAGCAAAAUCUUAUGAAGAACUUGUGACUCUACUAAAUAAUCACUUGUCCCCGAAACCCCUUAGCACGGCAGAGCGCUUCCGUUUUGACAAGCGUGAUCAAAAGGAGGGAGAGACGAUAGCUGAGUAUAUAGCUCAACUAAAGAAACUUGCGAUUCAUUGUGAUUUUAAUGCAUCACUGAACGAGAAACUUCGAGACCGAUUAGUUUGUGGUAUGAGACAUGCGCACAUUCAAAAGCGUUUGCUAUCGGAAAAAGACUUAUCUUUCGGAAAAGCAGUGGAAAUCAGUCUUGCAAUGGAAUCAGUUGCCAAGGACGCUACAGAAUUACAGUCAAGGAACAAGACAGAGACCGGGGCAGUAAACAAACUUCAAACACGUGCGACUCCCAGGAAUAAACAUUCUAAGUCGAACGAUUACAGAAAAGAUACAGUGCGAUGUUACAGAUGUAACGGAGGCGGACACACAGCACAAGACUGUCGAUUCAAAGAUACGGUGUGCCAUAACUGCAGUAAACGUGGACACAUCAAGAAAGCGUGUCGGUCCAAUCCUAAGAAACCUGUUCGUAAGAAACCGAUUAGAUACGUGGAUGAACACCAAGAUGAUGGUGGUGAUUGCAUCGCCAGUUUAGAACUAAAUAACCUAUCAAGCAAAGAUAUCAUCUGGAUCAACCUGAAAUUGAAUGGCAUUUCAUCACAGAUGGAAUUGGAUACCGGAUCGGCUGUCUCAGUGAUGGCUGAGGAUGAAUUCCGUAGGAAGUUUGGAAAACAAAAAUUUAGAAAACCAGACAUGAUACUACGAACAUAUUCAGAAGAACACAUUAAACCAGUCGGUUGUGUUGACGUGCAAGUAGAAUACAAUGACAGUAGUUACACGUUGCCAUUGUAUGUGGUUCAAAAAGGAGGACCCGCACUUCUUGGCAGGGAUUGGCUGAGAAAAAUUCCAUUGGACUGGAAAGUGAUUAAAGGGACACAUGCCAUGCACUCUGUGAAGGUGACGAGCAUCAGUGAAAUUCUGGACAAAUACAAAGACGUAUUUAUUGAUGAUGUUGGUACUUUGAAGGGUAUCACAGCGAAGCUGUCUCUCAAAGAAAACAACCCCAAGUACGUCAAAGCUAGGACUGUAUCAUUUUCAUUGCGAGCAAAAGUUGAGGAGGAACUUGAGAGGUUAGAAGCAGAAGGUACUCUUACGAAAGUUCAACACAGUGAAUGGGCGACCCCGAUUGUACCCGUAUUGAAGAAAAACGGCAGUGUGAGAAUCUGUGGUGAUUUUAAAGUGACAUUAAAUCCAGUACUUAAUGUUGAUCAAUAUCCGCUACCAAAAAUUGAUGACAUUUUUGCCAACAUAAAUGGAGGAUCACAUUUCUCCAAGAUCGACUUGAAACAAGCAUACCUGCAACUUCCAGUGGACGAAGAAUGCAAAGAGCUAUUGACCAUCAACACACACCGUGGGUUAUAUCGCUAUAACCGGAUGGCAUUUGGAAUUGCAUCAGCACCAGCUAUUUGGCAACGAACGAUCGAGCAGAUUUUACAGGGGGUUCCUGGAACACAAUGUAUCCUAGAUGAUAUGGUGAUUACAGGGAAAACAGAUGAAGAGCAUCUACAAAACUUAGAAAAAGUGUUGUAG